ACGUUUAGUAUGUGUUGUUCUUCUCAGGACUCCCUCGGUCAUGCAAACAGUGGAUUCGUGUCGUUGUUUCCUGCACAUACGCCCGACGUGUCGCCACCAGAAACCAUGAACCCUCGGUUUCGUCCAUGUAAACUCGUACGCGGCACGCUCUCCGUCCAUCUCCCGUGGUCUUUCCGUCUCUAUUUAUGAUGGCGACAAGGUGAUAUACAUUCUCGUUAAAGGUGCGAGUUAGAAGGAUCGAUGUCGACGGAACAGGAGCGGCGCGAACUCGACGAGAGGGCGAGGAAGGGUGAGACCGUCGUCCCCGGCGGAACGGGCGGGAAGAGCCUGGAGGCGCAGGAGCACCUAGCGGAAGGGCGUAGCCGCGGUGGGCAGACGAGGAAGGAGCAGCUGGGCACGGAAGGGUACCAGGAGAUGGGGCGCAAGGGCGGGCACAGCACCGGAGUCGGAGGGGCGAUGCGCGAGGGCGGCGACGUCGACGAGACCAAGUGAGGGAUGGUGGAUGUAGGGGUGAGGAGCAGCCGGUGGGCGUGGGUUUGGGGUUUGCGUCUGUUAGUGUUGGGGUCGUCUUGUGCCACGCUCGUCUCAGUAUCCGACCUCUGAAUGGUAACGUGUGUGGUUCUCGUGGUCUGCUUCAAUGGAGUCCGUGGUUUGGUUUAAUCGACUUUGCGGCGUUCGUGAUCCUGUGAGACCAUUUGUUGCUGUUCUUUCUUGCUGUAUCCACUUGUGUUCAUGAUGGUUUCACCCUCA